AUGAACUACGAUGUGUUGGUCGUAGGGGCUGGCCCAGCCGGGCUGUCUGCCGCCAUACGUAUCAAAACGCAAUGUCAGUCCGCCGGAAGGGACCUGGCCGUGUGUGUCAUUGAGAAGGGCGCUGAGGUGGGCGCCCACAUACUGUCGGGGAAUGUUCUAGAGACGCGGGCGCUGGACGAGCUGCUGCCGGGCUGGAAGGAAGACCCGGACUGCCCAAUAAAAGAGCCGGCUCGCAGCCCAAUCACUUUUAACCGGGUUCAGGCCAACCGGGACGCCACGCUGUGGCUGGCCACCCCCUCCCGCGCCCUGCCUCUACCCACGCCCCCCUCCAUGCGCAACCGUGGCAAGGGCAACUACGUGGUUUCCCUGAGUGAGGUGACGCGGUGGAUGGCCAGGAGGGCGGAGGCGCUGGGGGUGGAGAUAUACGCGGGGUUCGCCGGGAAGAAGAUGUUGUACGGAUGGGAUGGUCAGGUGGAGGGCGUGGCGACCAACGACUUCGGCAUUGGACGAGACGGGCGGCCCAAACCCAACUUCUCCCCUGGGGUGGAUUUGAGGGCGCGGGUGACAUUGCUGGCUGAGGGCUGCAGGGGAUCGCUGUCUGAGGUCUGGCAAGUUCCCGAGUCCCAGCACCGGCCUGGAAUGGUGGUGCACACGGUUGGAUAUCCCGCCUCGUACGACACGUACGGCGGUGGUUUCAUCUACCACAUGUCUGAGCGCCGCGUCGCACUGGGUUACGUCAUCGGACUGGACUACAGCAACCCCCACAUUGACACAUUCCAGGAGUUUCAGAAGUGGAAGGCGCACCCAUCUGUACGGCACCACAUCGAGGGCGGCACGUGUCUGCAGUACGGCGCACGGACGCUCAACGAGGGUGGUGUCCAGUCGCUCCCUCGGCUGUUCUUCCCGGGGGGCGCGCUGGUGGGCUGCUCCGCUGGCUUCCUCAACGUGCCCAAGAUCAAGGGCACCCACCUGGCCAUGAUGAGCGGCAUGAUGGCGGGGGAGGCGGCGUUCCGGGAGCUCACGGCGGCGGAGAACGGCACUGCUACUGCUAGUGCUGCUACUGCUGGUGCUGGUGCUACUGCUACUACUGCUGAGGGGGAAACGAGAGAGCAGAAGAGACAGGGCACCGUGGACAUGAGCAAGUAUGAAGAGGCGUUGAAGAGGUCCUGGCUGUGGGACGAGCUGACUGCCGUACGUAACGUACGACCUGGGUUUAGGUGGGGCUUGCUCCCCGGAUUGCUCCAUGCUGCCCUGGAGGAGUACUUGCUGAAGGGCCGGGAGCCGUGGACACUAACACAUGGCCGCCCCGACCGCGAUCGCCUGCGGCCGCUGUCUGAGGCUCCGCCUCCGCCCUCCUACCAGAAACCCGACGGCGUCCUCACCUUCGACCUUCCCACCUCGCUCUACCGCUCCGGAACCAACCACGAUCACGAUCAGCCAAGUCAUUUGGUGGUUUCAAACCCCGGCGAGUUUGAGCGCUCAAAUUUGCCGCACUAUGGCGGCCCCGAAACUAAGUACUGCCCUGCCGGCGUGUACGAGUACCGUACGGAUGAGUACGGCAGGUCCAGACUGCACGUGAACGCUCAGAAUUGCCUGCACUGCAAGGCGUGUGACAUAAAGGAUCCCGGCCGGAAUAUUCGGUGGACGGUGCCGGAGGGCGGGCAGGGCCCCAGCUACACAGCAAUGUAG